CUUGUCUCACUGGCUCUGCCUUAAUGGAGGUAUCAUCCUAACGGUGCCGUUCAGUUGACAGUGCACUUGAACGAACAGUUAUAGACAAUGGAAUGGACAACAAUUGAAUCUGACCCUGGGGUUUUUACGGAGCUCAUCGCGCAGAUUGGCGUGAAGGGCGUCCAGGUGGAAGAGCUGUGGUCGUUGGACCAGCUGAAGGAGCUCAGUCCCGUGUUUGGUUUGAUCUUCCUGUUCAAGUGGAGGAAGGAGGCGGGAAAGCGGCAGACGACUCCAGGGGGGGCACAGGGGGUGUUCUUCGCCCGGCAGGUCAUCACGAACGCCUGCGCUACGCAGGCCAUUCUGUCCAUCCUGCUGAACUGCCCGGGUCUGGAUCUGGGCACUGAGCUGUCCAACUUCCGCGAGUUCGUGGCGGAUUUCGACCCCAAUAUGAAAGGUCUUGCCAUCAGCAACAGCGACCUCAUCCGCACAGUACACAACAGCUUUGCUCGUCCGGAGCCCUUGGUUCCGGAGGAGGACAAGGACGAGGAGAAGGGCGGGGAGGCGUACCACUUCAUUAGCUACGUUCCCAUCGGGGGGAAGCUGUACGAGUUGGACGGACUCCAGGAGGGCCCUAUAGAGCUGUGCGAGUGUACGACGUCUGAUUGGUUGGACCGGGUGGGGCCCCACAUCGCGGAACGGAUGGAGAGGUACGCAGCCAGCGAGAUCAGGUUCAACCUCAUGGCGCUAGUGGGAAACAGGGUGGAGCUGUACGGCAGCAGACUGGCGGCGGUGGCGGCGCGGCGGGAAGAGCUGGCGGCGGCGGUGGCGGCGGCGGCGGCAUCGGUGAGGGUAAAGGUCGGGCUCCAGGUCCAACUGCUGGAGACUGAGACCGAGGUGGCCAACCUGCAGGAAGCUCUGGCGGCCGAGGAAGCCAAGCACCGCGCCUGGCACGACGAAAACGUACGGCGCAGACACAACUACGUGCCCUUCCUUUUCCAUCUGCUCAAGCUGAUGGCGGCCCGCGGCGAGUUGGGACCGCUGCUGGAGCGGGCGCGAUGACGUGGCAUGAGACAGACGCGAUGAGACAGACUAUCGCGUCGCGUCAAGACACACAUACAGACACAUUCGAGCGACCCCUUCAACCGUUACUUCCCGCGGCUCAGCUCACUAAAUACACACACGUACGCACACAUACACAUACGUACACACACACAUAUAUACACACACACGCGCGCGAGCGCGGGUGCUAAGGACACACGAUAAGGGACCACGGAGGCACAAUGACGGCGAUCGCGGCGAAGGGAGAAGGAGAUUUUUCCAUUUUCCGGAAGCGCUAAUGGAGGGGGAAGGAAGGGGGGGAAAAGGGUGAGGAGCGGAGAGGAGUAGCGAAAACAAAAAGCUCGACACCGCAAAGAUGCGAGCUGGGCAUCAAGCGGCGAGGGCAAAGGAGAGAUGGGCGGAGGGGGAGAGGGGCGGAUGCUGGCAUGGUGCGUCCUUGCGGGUGAGGGCAUAUGCCGUUUUACCGAGGGGACAUGCACACAUAUCGGAUCCGCUUUCAUGGACCAUUUUUGGCGGUGCGCUUGCAUUUUUGGCGGUGCUUUGUCGCUAAGGCAUUUUCCUUGGGGUUGAACCGACAUUCGAUGUAUUUAUGAAAACUGCGACUUCACAUCGCGUUUAAGCCUUCGGAGAACAG